GGUCCCGCCCCCGCCGUAGGUCAGGGACCUGCCCACCCCCGCCCAGGCUGACAGAGCGGGCACUCACGGCUGCGAGCUGUGCGCGGUAGCGGGCCUGGCCCGCGGCUGCGAGCGUGCAGGGGGGCAGACCUCAGGUCCGACCCGCCGUCCCCCACGCCGGGCAUUGGGGUUCCCCGCCCCGGCCUCCCGCCUGUCACCACCACCCCUAGCCUCUCUGACUGAGCUCGGCGCCCUGGAGAGGAUUAACAUGCAGGGAGGCAGAAGGCUCCCUUUAUCCAAGGAGUAGCUGUGCAGAUGGUCACUACAGGUAGUAGGAGCCCCAGGCUGGGACACUCCUGAUGUCAGAAGAGAGUGGGCAGGUUAACUGACCACAGACAGUCCUCAGCCCAGGCACUCUCCACAUCAGCAUGAACUCCAGGAUUGCAUCUGCUAGGGGCUGGCUCAGCAGCCGUCCACCCACCUCUGAGCCCAGUCUGGAACCUGCCACUGAUGGGCCAGCCUCUGAGACCACUACCCUCAGCCCAGAAGCCACCAGCUUGAAUGACACCAGAAUCCCUGAUGUGGCUGAUGGUGCAGCUGGCGUGGGGACCAUGCUUCUAUCCCUUGGGAUCAUCACAGUGAUUGGCCUCGCUGUGGCCAUGGUUUUGUACAUCAGGAAGAAAAAGAGGCUGGAGAAACUACGCCACCAGCUCAUGCCCAUGUACAGCUUCGACCCCACGGAGGAACAAGACGAGCUGGAGCAGGAGCUGCUGGAGCACGGACGGGAUGCUGCUUCCAUGCAGGCUGCGGCCUCUGGGCAGGCCAUGCAGGGCAAGGCCAUUCUUCCCUCCCAGGGCCCACUGCAGAGGCCCAGCCGGCUGGUGUUUACUGACGUAGCCAACGCCAUCCAUGCGUGAUUGGCCUGGGGACAGGCCUGGACCUCUAAUAGAGAUACCUGCCAUGGUGCCCACAAAACUGCCCACUCCCUGACUGUCAAGACCUACUCUCAGGACCUGCCCUGCCACGACGGGAAAGGGCCAGGCUAGGCCCCAGCUGUUCUGUGGACCCACGUGCCGACUGUCCAGGCUUUAAGAGAGGACCCUGGCAGGCUGGGCAUCUGGCCACUGACCUCUCCUGACC